AUACCACUCCAGCGCUGCACCCCGAGGUCAAAGAUGGCGUGCAUUUAUGUACUCUGUCAGGGUUUUCAAACAUUUUCGGCAAAAAAAAGUUUUUACUAAAGACGAGCGACAAUUUUUCAGUUUAUUCGACCACUAAGUGAUACAGUAUUACUGAUAUACAUCAAAUUGUUGGUGAUUGAACCCCAUAACAAUUGUCUUCGACACAUUUGUUUCCCGAAGAGUACAGGGGAAUAGAAUAACAUAACCUAUUUGCUCCAAAAAAAAGUUUAGAGUUGACUUGACAAAUGCAUAACCUAACUCGGAGUGAACCUUGAACUGAUGCUUAAAUAAAGAAAUAAUACAUCCCUUGACUUGUGGAAAGAAAGGAUCGAAUGAAAUCGCCAGUAAUGUUGCAAACCCUGACUGUAACAGUGAUCACUGAUACAUUCUGGUACUAAAGUAUUUAUGUGAUAGAUUAACGAUCAGUGCAAUUGUAGUCAAAGCAGCUUUUUUUAUACAAUUCGAUAAAGAAAAAAUAUUUGAAUAAUGCCAAAAAUAAGAAUGAGACAAUCGCAUGGGGGAAUGUGGCUCCAGCAUCGAGAGAUGGGGAUAAAUCCACCCCUCGGACAUAGUGAUCGGUUUUUCAAGACCCUGUACACGUCAAUCCAACCCGUUACAUCAUGGGACCACAAGGAGAGUCCCUGUAAUGCCAUGCAUGGCGGUGUGUUCAAUUUAGAAUUUUCCCCUGAUGGAUCUCUUCUCGUUGGAGUCUGUGAGAAGAAGAGCAUUCUGAUGUUUGAUCCACUGUGUAGACGUCUGGUUCAUGCAAUAGAUAAUGCACACAAUGACUGCGUUAAUUGCGCUAGAUUUUUGGAUCAACGAAUGUUCGCCACCUGCUCAGACGACCAGACAGUUGCAUUAUGGGACGCGAGGAAUCUCAAACAUCGCAUUAGAACCCUCCAGGGGCACUCAAACUGGGUUAAAAAUAUUGAAUACAGUCCUAACGAUGGACUACUACUCACCAGUGACUUCGAUGGUAGUAUAUACACGUGGGAUAUUAACAGUUACGCGGAGAACAGCUCCUUUUACAACCGAGUAUUCCAUACAAAUGGACUAAUGCGAACGAGACUGACUCCAGAUGCGUCCAAGAUGCUGAUCUGCACAACAUCUGGCUAUCUGAUUAUCAUUCACAAUCUCAAGUUGAGCACACUAACGCAGGAUCUUGUUGGAUUCAAGCCCAACAUGUAUCGUCUGAUGCAGCUGUCACAGACGACGAUUCCAGCUGCUGCUAGCUUUACACAUUUAUUUGCCCAUUCCCGAGAGCACAACCGGGUAGAAUUUCUCACUGAUUUCCCUGUUGGCGAUGAUGCCGAAGUCAUAUCGAGUCUUCAGGUGCAUCCCCAGGGCUGGUGUGCUCUCUCUAGGAAUGUCAGCAACGGAGAAAAAUCAGAGUGGACCUGCAUUCACGACAUCCAAGAACGUGACACCCCGGACAUCUCAAAGCCCCAAACUGACGAAGAUCCAAGCCUACCGUCCUUGAAUGAUCCUCCGGACGAUGACUUCGAGGUGACCAGUCAGCCGCAGCCCUCGCGCUCUGGUAUCCCCUCGUCCUUCGUCAUCGACAUAACUAAUCGUACUAGAAUCGUCCCGACAAUGUCUGAUGUUCGCUCCAACUCAUUCGUAUCAACUGACGCGACUCAGCCCGCACGUCCCUCCAGAUCGAACGGCUGGCGAAUAAACGUCCGCUCAAAUGUCAAUUCCAAUCGUUCACGUCACCGAAACGUCAUGCGAACGAGUGCUGGAGUAGUUGAGAUAAGUUCAAGCGUUGACAAUCCCCCGAAUGAGAGGCCAACCGAGGAGAACAGGCAGGAGCCAGGGCCUGACAUUGAUCCAGCCCCAGAGCGAAUCGAUCCCCGAACCCAGCGUGGUCUCUUCCAGUUGAAUUAUCUUAGAAACCGGAACAUGGUGGAUACAACUAAUUUUCCAACUGCAAAUGUCGAGUUGCACGUGAGCUCAAGCGAUGUUUGGGAGGCUCUAGUGGCCAUCAGAGAGGCCAGACUGAGGAGGGAGAGGGAGAGAGAGUUGUACACAACAAUCGACACGAGAAAUUGGUUGAGAAGGUCAGGCGGUGGUGUAAGCGUUCCUCUGCCCCCGAGGGGCUCUCAUACAGUCGUAAUUCUCGGAGAUCGAGGCAGACCCCAGAGCCAGAUGCGUCAAGGACCACAGCCCAUGUACGCAAUACCUAGGAAUCACAAAAUCCACCAGAAUGUCUCCCGACUGACUCACUACAUUGAAGAGCCAAAUGUGGGAUCAGGUUACAUAAAGGAGCUGUGCUUCUCAGCGGAUGGCAGACUCAUUUGCUCACCUUUUGGCUACGGAGUUCGUCUUCUUGCGUUCUCCAAUGAAUGCCAGGAAUUAUCCAACUGCGUUCCACCAUUCAAUGAGCCGCAGCAGCUUCAUGAAUUGGCGACAAACAUCAGUCACUCUGAUAUUGUGCUCAGCACGAAGUUCUCACCGAGACACUGCUUACUAGUGUCAGGCUGUCUAAGUGGAAAAAUUGUCUGGCAUCAGCCUGUAGUCUAGCGAGGGGUAAAUUAUAAAAAAAAUUGUAACUUGCGUAAUUAUGCUCAUUGAUCUGCACUUCUCUCGUCGUACAAUUGUUCAAUUUCAACCCAAUGUGUUCAUUGAUUUUGAUCUCCAUUUUUAGGUUUCUUUAUUUUUUGAUUUGAAAUGUUUAUGUGUUCAUUGUACGUAUUACUAUCGAUCAGGAGUUAGCAUGAGAAUUUUCUUAUGUUAGUUUCUAAUGAAAAAUAUUAGAUGCGUAUUUUCCAUUUUCCAAGUUAUUCUUUGAUUUUUUUAAAUAAAAAAAUACGUAUCUAUUAUUUUUCAUAAAAUGUUUGUAUGAGCAGCGUUUUCGGUAAUGAAAAAAUGAUGCAAGAACCCAAUUCUGAUAAUUACGAGUGAUUUAAUUGUGCAACGAGGAGAAUUAUGAAUUGAGCAUGUAAAUAAUUCAACUAGAUACGUAUUAAUAACAAAGUUGAUGGUAUUUAAUUGAGCUUCAAAAAUUUAUUAAAAUCUACAGAUACUUAUUGAUUCCAUCAUAAUAAUAAAGCGAUAUAAUCAAUGUUUUUAUUAUAAAAUUGUAAAUAAUAGUAUACCAAUCGUUUCAAGCGCUUCCAUAAUUAACAAAUCAAUUGUUUAUAUUUCUGAGGCUUUCAUACGAAGGAUAACAGGAACACUUGUGCAGGGAAGAAUACCAAGUUCGGUGACAACAGCUGUUAUUAGCUCGGGGGGUGUUACGUCGUACGUGAGAUUGAGAAGAUUCAGAUUGGGCUGUGCUUUCCAAUUUGCCAAUGCAGUACUACCAAUGGCAAGUUCAUUAGGAUCACCGAUUUCGUUGUUAACUAUUGAGUCUGUUUGAACUCUCUCGCAGGUUUUGUAUGUUUCACAGGCAAACAACACGGGGAUGUUAAAGGCUUUGGCCAUUAGGGCGAUUUGAGCGGUUCCCAGGCGUGACAUUAUUGCGCCAUUCGCAAAUAUUGCGUGAACACCGAGCAAAACUUUAUUUACCUGUGAAUGGAAAAAUUGUAGGAAUGAAAAUUAAUGAUAGGAAAUAAUGAAUAACAAUUUAACCAUAUUACCAUUAAA